AUGUCUACCGACGAAGUAGAGCCUACUCUCCUCAGCCUUCCUCGCGAACUGCGGGACAAAAUUUACACCUUCGCCGACGAGGUCACCCUCGUCUACAAGAACAACUCCACGGGGGAGCGGCGGCUAGUAGACUCCUCUCCUCUGUGCGGCGCCAACAAGCAACUCCGACUCGAGUACGUGCAGAACUGCGAGGAGCUCAGCGCGAGCGUGAAGAAGCACCACACCACCAUCGAUGUGGACUACCACGAAGCGACCUACUCCGGCAAUGGCCUCGCGCGCCUGGGCCUGUUCGAACUCCCUCCUACCGCCGAGAUCUUGACCAUCACGCUCAACAUCCGAGCCUCCGUCGCAACACCACGCGAGCACGGAUACCAAAACAUCGCCACGCAUCUCAUCAACGCGAUCCAACGCCUUCCAAACCUCGUGCACUGCACCAUCACGACCACGAUCACCGGCAUCACCGCAAUGGACUAUCAAAUCGCACACGAGAGACGCUUCAACCGCGAGCUCUGGCGCGCCAGACCGCAGGUGGUGGCCGGCAAGGAGUUCAUCCUCGCGGCUAUUACGGGUGAAUGGGAGGGCUUGCUGGGGUGGCAAAACGAUACCAGCAUCUACACGGGGCCGCUACGAGGCUGGCAAGACCAAUUGUUGGACCUCGACAAACUGAGCUUCCAGCGCUUGACGACCGUGUAUCGCAGGACUGGAACGCCCAAGGGCCUGCAGAUUUUGCAAGGCGUGAAGAAGGCCAGAGAGCCCACCUUGGUGGAGAUGAUACUUUAUCCUAUCAAGUUCGUCCUUGGCCGUCUCAUGGAGGGACGAUGA